GACGUGUCGAGCCGUUGCCAAAGGAAGUUUGUGCGGGCGCUGGGAGAGAAAGUUUCCCCGGAGCUGGAGAGAUUGGAGCGGGAAUAACCCUGACACAGCCGCCGCUGGUGGACCGAGCGGAGCGGAGCGGGAAGAGAGCGCGUCGGGGCGUCGGAGAGGCUGCCGUGGGUCCGUGUGGCCGACCGUGUGAUCGUUCCUCCGCCGCUGGUGUGAGUGUGUGUUUGUGUGUGUGAGAUGGGGAAGGAGCAGGAGCUGCUGGAGGCGGCGCGCACCGGGAAUCUACCCGCCGUCGAGAAGCUGCUGUCCGGGAAGAGACAGUCGGCCGGGUCGGCCGCCGCGAGCGGCGCUGGAUCCUCCGGGAAUACCGGGAGCGGCGGGCACAGCUCUUCCCACACGCUCUCCAGUCUGCUCAGUAUCUGGAGGGGGCCGAAUGUGAACUGUGUGGACAGCACUGGAUACACACCUCUACACCACGCUGCUUUAAAUGGACACAGUGAGGUGGUUGAAGCACUUCUGCGCAACGAGGCUCUGACGAACAUCGCUGACAAUAAGGGCUGUUACCCUCUGCACCUUGCGGCCUGGAAGGGGGACCAGCGGAUCGUCAAGCUCCUCGUCCAUCAGGGUCCGUCUCACCCCAAACUCAAUGAACAGAGCUCUCUAGACCACACAGAGUUCAAACGCUGUGGCCCAUUUGACCCCUAUAUUAAUGCCAAGAACAACGACAACGAGACGCCUCUGCACUGCGCCGCUCAGUACGGGCACACGCGGGUGGUGCAGCUGCUGCUGGAGGAGUUGACCGACCCAACCAUGCGCAACAACAAGUUUGAGACGCCGCUGGACCUGGCUGCGCUCUACGGCAGGCUGGAGGUGGUCAAGCUUCUGCUCAGCGCUCAUCCCAACCUGCUCAGCUCCAACACCAAGAAACACACGCCUCUCCACCUGGCCUCGCGCAACGGACACCUGCCCGUGGUGGAGGUGCUGCUGGCCGCCGGCGUCGACAUCAACUACCAGACAGAGAAAGGCAGCGCCCUUCACGAAGCAGCUCUAUACGGAAAGACCGAAGUCGUACAAAAACUACUCAACGCAGGUAUUGAUGUGAAUAUCGUGGACUGUAAGAAUCUAACAGCGCUGGACACUGUUAGAGACAUGCCCUCUCAAAAGAGCCGACAGAUCGCCUCCCUCAUACAAGCUCAUAUGAGCGGGCGACCGUCAGACACGAGCCUCCCUCCUCCACCAGUGCCUCCACCUCAAGAGAGCCUGAGCCCCAAGAGAAAAGGAGAAAUGGAGCAGAAGGUCUGUGAGCUUAUAUCCGGUUUGUCUUCGCCCCCCGUGGAAGAGAGUCCGUAUGAAGCCUUGUUUGAGGCCUCCUCGUGUCACUCUCUCGACAGCCUGGCCAGCGGGAAGUCCUCGGACAGAGACUCCGGGCGGCCCGACAGUGAAGCCGGGAAGAAAGAGCGUCAUCCUCCACAGAAUCAGUCUGCACUGGAAGAGGAGCUCAGCUCGGAGGCAGCUCACACUAACAGCAGUGUGGAUGAACGCGUCGAGCCCCUGGAAGAGGAGGACCACCCAUAUGAACUGCUAGUCACUGCACAAACCAAAACCUCCAACAACACACAAAACAAGAGCGAUGUGGACAGCUCAGCCAAGUCUUCCAACAGUGUCCUACCUCAGCGAAAGACCGCCACACACAUUGACCUACGACCUUCAGCAUCCAACACAAACACUCUGCAGCCGCCUGCUCCUCUUUUUAGCACAGGCCAGACGUCUGGAGAGAGCUCAUCGCAUGGUCAGGAUAUAAGCACUGCUGUUCCUGAGCAGUUCACUGGUCUGCUUCACGGUUCCUCGCCGGUGGUCGACUGUCGGGAGGAAGCGUUCAGACUGCCGUCCUCUGCAGGGAAGUCCGGUGAGGCUUCAAACACUUCCACAUCGGCGAGCUCUGCUUCCCAUUCCAAAUCAGCGGUCACCAUGGAAACCAUUCUCCAGGACACUGACCCCAAAGCUAUCUACGCCACCGUCCACAAAGAGCCGCGAGAUUCACCGAAACACAACUCGCCGGCCCGAGAUCCUCCGUUGACGAGAAGGAUGCCUCCGCCGGGGGAUCUCAAGCUAGCGCGUAGCCUUUCCAAGUCCGACUCCGACCUGCUGGUGUCCCCGCCCGGUGAGGAAGAGACGGGAUUGGGUGGGAGAAGUGAGUCCGUGUCCAACUGCAGCACCGCCAAGAGAAGGCUGGAAAAAUCACCUUCGUUCACGUCAGAAUGGGAUGAGAGACAGAGGCAUUCCCUCUCUAUUCCAUGGAGACGUCGGCCGUCCCAAAGAAUUGAGAAGAUCAUGACUUUGAUUGGUGCCGGCAUUGACUUCUCCAAAGACCAGGAUUGCUCCGCCACAGGUGGAUCCGGGAGGCUACUAGAGCAGCCGGUCGGUGAUUGGUUGGAGCAUAUAGGCCUUCCACAGUAUGAGAGCAAGCUUCUGCUCAACGGCUUUGAUGACCUGCGGUUCAUGGGAAAUGAUGUAAUGGAAGAGCAAGAUCUGCGAGAAAUCGGCAUCACGGAUCCGGGACAUCGCAGGAAGAUCGUCAGCGCUGCACGUUCUUUGCCAAAGGUGAAAGCGUUGGGCUGUGACGGCAGCACGUCCCUCUCCUCGUGGCUGGACCUCCUGGGUCUUCAGGAGUACCUGCACAACUUCAUGUCCAGCGGCUAUCGCACGCUAGAGUGUGUGAAGAACCUGUGGGAGCUGGAGAUCGUUAAUGUGCUGAAGAUCACGUUGUUGGGCCACAGGAAGAGGAUCAUCGCAUCAUUAGCUGAACGGCCCUAUGAGGAGCCGCCGGUUAAACCCCCUCGCCUCUCUCAGAUCAGAUGUCAGGAUCUCUUGUCCCAGACCUCGUCUCCUCUCAGUCACUCAGACUCCUACACUCGUUCUAUGGAUCCGCUCUUGCCCGCAGGGGAUUCUGGGAGGAGGAGAGGACCCGACUCCGAGUACGACGUGUCCACCCGACAGCGGCCCAACGACAGAACGCAACCACAAGAGAAAUAUGAGGAGCGUCAGCGGGAACCUCGCCUGACCUUACGACCCCCGAGUCUGGCGGCUCCGUACACACCGGUGCAGAACUGGCACCACCAGCCCGAGAAGCUCAUCUUUGAAUCGUGCGGUUACGAGGCCAAUUAUCUGGGCUCGAUGCUCAUUAAAGAACUAAGAGGAACGGAGUCGACGCAGGACGCCUGUGCUAAAAUGAGGAGGUCGACAGAACAGAUGAGGAAGAUCCCCACCAUCGUCCUCUCCAUCACGUACAAGGGUGUGAAAUUCAUCGAUGCUGCCAACAAGAACAUCAUCGCAGAACACGAGAUCCGGAACAUCUCGUGUGCGGCUCAGGACCCCGAGGACCUCUGCACCUUCGCUUACAUCACUAAAGAUCUGCAGAGCAGCCAUCAUUACUGCCAUGUGUUCAGCACCGUAGAUGUGAACCUGACUUACGAGAUCAUCCUGACGCUGGGACAGGCGUUUGAAGUGGCCUAUCAGCUGGCACUGCAGGCCCAGAGGACCAGACAGCAGCAGAACCCCGAGAUCAUCGAGACCAAGAGCAGCAGACCCACACCCAAACCACGAGGGAGCAUGCGCAAGUCAGGGGUGGAGGCGCUGGAUGUGGACGCUCACGCUCAGAGCAGUGCGUCCUGGAUCAUGGACUCCAAAGAUCCCAAGCGCACCGUCAGCACCAACUGACCAGUGUGUCGGGUGCCAAACAGAAAGGAAAGUUGGGAUGCCAUGACUGUGGAUGAAGCAUCACUUGUAUUUCAUGUGUGUGUGUGUUCGCGUGUUUAUAUAGUUUUAUGUAAUUGUGUGAAAACUACUCACACCUGCAGUGAUCUCCUCCCAUCCCAUUUAACACACGGGCCAAAGACAGACAAAAAAAAUGUCCCGUCCGCUGCUCCGCUCGCACACCAUUUAAAACAUCUUGCUUUUAUCUGACUUCAGACGUGUUCAAAGACUCAGAAGCGCAGCCACUGUAUUCUCACGCGAUAACAAGAGCCAGUGUUGACGUUGUCUUUGCUUUGAUUUCGGUCGAGUUUUGUUUAACUUUCUUUGUGAAGCGACAGUCUACACGCUCCUGUUUUAUCUGUGAUUCUUUCGUCUAAACUGAUGGUCUUUCAUCUCACAAAGUGCAGAUGCUUUUAUUUUGUCUGAUAACUUUGAAAAUAAAAGCAGUAGGUUAAAAACACUGAUUCUAGUUCACCAAAACACUGAUUAGAGAGUUCAGUCUUGUCUUUUGAUGUCCGAUUCAGAUCAAUCCAUCCGUAAGUUGAGAUGUUUGAUUCUUACUGUCAGUAUUUUUAGGCUUUAGUACAAAUGUCUGUCAAGCUAAACAAUAUGGGCGAGACCAUUCAAACAUAAGGAAUGUGAACCACGGUACGAGUUUCAGUAGGAAAGGCAGAGUUUCGACAGACGGGAGAUACUCUGUGUUGUGACGUCUUAUGGUACACUAUUAUGAUUAGUUAAUAACUUUAUGAUGGCAUGAGAUUGGUACAGUCCGGAUCUUGGUACUUGUAGUGAUUUUACACGUAUACUGUGAUUUCUAAUACAAAAUGAUGGCGUUAAUGUGACACUACAAACAACAGCGAAUUGUUUUUAUGUGUAGAGUUUCUUAAUGGAACUGUCUGUCUCCAUCCUUUUAAUGAUUAAGUUGCAGAAAGCAGGGUAUGUCAAAAAAAUAAAUAAUAAUGAAACCGAUAAAAAGGUUUAAAUUUGCAUAUUCAUCCGUCGUAGACAAACUUGUGCUUCUAUUUUGUGUAGAUAAUAAUGCAUAAAUAUGAGGUUUAGAUGGGAAAUAUUCCUGUAUGCGUUUAGCCCUAGUUUACAAGGAUUUUAAGUCUGGUACUUUUUAGUUUGAUUAUUUUGAAUCUUCGUUUUUAACAUGGUAUGUUAAAAAUGGGUACAGUGCUAAAUACAAGCAGAUGCUAAUGCUAGCACCUGUAACAGCCGCAGUGUUUGCACAACUAAUCACAUUAGCGAAUACAACGGUGACAGUUUAGAUCAUACUCACGGCUAAACGAUUAAAAUAUAAACAAUACUGGAUUGUAAAGUAAUCCUGGGUGAACUCUUUUGAUACUUGAAUGAUUAUGCUUUUAUAGAUAUCUCUCUCUCUAUAUAUAUAUAUAUAUGUAUAUGUAUGUAAUGUAUGUAUUUUUUUCUUUGUUUACUUUUUGGUCAUGUUUUUGUCAUAUCUAGAGAGGAACGUCUUUUUAAAGCUCAACAUAUCAUGGUGUAAGUGAGCAUGAGACUGACAAUGGUAUCUCUGAGAGACCUUGCCACAGAAUCAAAGAGAAAGAUUGUAAAUAAUCUUGGGCUUCCAGUCUUUUUUAUGAUUAUUAUUUUUCAUAAUUGUACAUCCAAUAAAUGAAGAGAUGAUA